AUGUCGAGAAAACAAACCUCCCGAGCAAGGAGAUGUCGAUGCGAUGCUACUUCGCGCUUGACAACAGUUUGGCCGGGUCUACAUAUGUAUAGACGCCCUAGACGAGGCUCAGCGCGAAGAAGCACUUUUUGGUUCCCUCCGAACGUUAAUCCCUUCGAUUCAGCUCUUCUCAUCACUGGGAGGCCUCAUAUACCAUUCAUUGUUGACCGGUACUUUGCAGGGGUUCUCAAAACUACCAUCGAAGCCAAUAAAAGCGACAUCGAAAAGUUCGUUGCAACAAAAAUUGAUGAGGAUUGGGCCCGUGAUAAAUACCUUAUGGAUGAAAAACUAAAGCAGGAUAUCCUUGUGAGAAUUACCAAAGCGUCUCGAAGAACGCGAGAAGCGAGUAAUUAG